GUCUCCGACUCCAACAGAACUUUCCUCGUCACCAAUCGCCCUCAACUCCGAGCCGGUGUCACCCGACGCCACACCCGCCACUCCCGCCGGCCCCAAGGCGCGGAGGUCAACGCCUCUGCCCCGGGCCCGCCUCCCACAGCCAGACUGCCUGUGAUUGGCUAAUGGCGCUGCCCGUCUAGAGGGGCGGUGCAUCUCCCUCAGACCGGUGCUCUCAUUGGUCUUGGAGGCGGCGGCGGCGCGCGCCGUCCCGGCGAGGAGGGGAAGCCGGUGGCCGUGGUGGCGGAACGGGCGGUGGCUACCGGUUUCGUAAUCGUCCCACCUCCUAGCUGACUCGCGGGGUGGGAGACCUGGGUCGGGUUGGGCCGCCGCGCGGGGCCGCUCGGAGUGGAGGCCGCCUGGGGGCGGGCCGGCUGGAGGCGCAGGUACAUGUGAAGAUUUUUUGGCAGUUUAUUGUGGAAGCGACUGAUCACCUUGCUCUCAUUUCUACCUGACCUGUGUUGGCAAGGGAGAGUGCCCAAAUGAGCAAGAUAGCGCAGCAAAACAGUAGUACUCCAGGAGUGAACGGAAUAAGUGUUAUUCACACUCAGCCACAUGCCAGCGGCUUGCAGCAGGUUCCUCAGCUGGUGCCUGCUGGCCCUGGGGGAGGAGGCAAAGCCGUGCCUCCAAGCAAGCAGAGCAAAAAGAGUUCGCCCAUGGAUCGAAAUAGUGACGAGUAUCGUCAGCGCAGAGAGAGGAACAACAUGGCUGUGAAAAAGAGCAGAUUGAAAAGCAAGCAGAAAGCACAAGACACGCUGCAAAGAGUGAAUCAGCUCAAAGAAGAGAAUGAACGCUUGGAAGCAAAAAUUAAAUUGCUGACAAAAGAAUUAAGUGUACUAAAAGAUUUGUUUCUUGAGCAUGCACACAACCUUGCAGACAACGUGCAGCCCAUUAGCACUGAAACUACAACAACAAAUUCUGAUACUGCAGGACAGUAGACCUCAACCUUCCCAGACUUCACAGCUGUGGCUUGAACAUUAAAGGUGUGACCACCUACAGCACUCAGAUGUUCAUGGCUCAAUGCCAUCUUUUUCCAUUAUUCAAAGAUCCAUUGGAGGUUAUUUUCUAGGAUCAGCACUGAAGAGUUGAGUAGCAGUGUCGAUUAAAUAUAUGGCUUUAAAUGAGGUGGAUUUUUGUGGCAAUUGAAAAACAAAAAUUUUUAAAGUAUAUGGUAAACAUAUCCUGGACAAACAUAUCCUGGACCUUAAUGUUCUUAAUAAGUCCUGACUUCCCCAGAAAUACUUUUUUAAUUUGACAAAAGGAGUGGGAAACUGGCAGGUCAUGCAGAAGGUUCUCAGUUUUAAUAGAUACAAUUAAUUGGAUUUGGAAAAGUUGAAUUCCAUCUAUGUUAAUCUUACGUGAUUUCAUUCUAAAUUCUAGGGCUGUAGAAACCAAUCAUUUUGUAAUUUGGAGUGAUUUUUGAUGUCAGAUUAAGCAAAGAAGCUCCGUCACAUCUUAAAGCAAUAUGCAGUUAAAUAGCUUAAAAGUAGAAAUAACAAAAAGUAAAGCAUAUUAGGAUUAUGAUUUAGGGAUACCUUUGGGUUAUUGGAUUGGUAUUAUUUUAUGUCCUUAAAAAAAACCACCUCAUUUAUGUACCAGAGUUUUCGUUUCUGCAGAAGCUAGUAAACUGAGUUGGCUUUUUUUUUUUUGGUACCAUUUUGACAGUCAAGUUAGUAAAUAAAAUGACUUAACAGUUUGAUAACAUAAGCUACUGAUUAGGAUUUGGAAUAUUCAGCUGGUGGUUUCUUCUGUGUUCAAAAUAACUGCUAUAGGGCCAUGACUUUUAAAGGCAAAAAUUUAUUGUGAAAAAAUUAAUUGUGAAGUAACAUUUUGGUAUUAAUCUUAACCAAAUACUAGAAAAUAUAUAUCAAUUCCAUACCAUCUCCUAAAACAAGAGUUUAAGAAAACUUGAAAGUGAAGGUUUUAACCUUUAAUUUAUUUUGCUUAAAUACAUCUGUUUAUGUUUUGGGAUUUUUUUGGUGACAGUUCUUUUAGUUAGUGGGCUGUUCCCGACUUUGUGUACCACUGCUUCUUUUGAUUCAUUGUUUGCUUUUAUGUCCCAUAAAUUAUUUUGGAAAGAAAAUGCUGGUAAAACUCAGGAUAUUGACAUUUUUGUGGAGACAAAAAAAAUGGCAAUCACUAAUGUAGGGCACCUCUAGAGUCUGUUAUAUCAGUGUUGGCAGUUUAGAUUGUUAACUUUGUCUUAGAGCAUGAUGCUAGUUCAAGUCUAUUGGCUUCUGUGUAUUGUCUUGUGCCUGGGAUGGUGAUUAGACAGUCAGACGUGAUUAAGGUUUCUUAUUUGAAUGUGGCCAUUUCUGGCCACACUGCUGUUUCCUACUAGGACUUGGGAUAAUGUAACCAGACUGUAACUCAAGCUGCACCCUGGGUUUGGUGGAAGUGUGCUGACUGUGCUCUUCUCCUGGGCAGAAGAUGACAUAGUACCCUGCAACUCAGCAGAGAUUUUUAGGGCUACAAGGUCCUUGUAAAUGUGGGAUUGGAGCCAGGUGCUAUUCCAUGAACCUACUUCCCUGGAGGGCUAUUAAUUCCCAAUACAACCAAGAAAUGGUAGAUUUUUUUCCUUUUUAAGUUAGGGUCCAACAGCAGUUUACUUUGGCUGGAAUAUCGAUCUACUCAUAGGGGUUGAUAGAUAUUCAAAUAACUAGGACUUACCAACACAGUCCUACUAAAUCUAACAGCUGAUUGAUGUUGUAUAAUUAAUUGGAGAUGUAGUUAGCCCACUUGAAUCUUUAAACACCUAUAAUAGGUGUUAUAUUUUAAUCCCUUAUUUAAAAAAAUCAGAAAUGGAUGUCUACAUGAAAUUUGUGGUUACCAGUGAUAUGAAAAAAGCUGUAGGGAAAUCAAGAGUGUGUACUCAGUGUUUGAGAAAAAUUGAUUCAAGCUUUCCUAUUACCUAUGCAAAUCAGAAUUGAACACGAGCAGUCAUGCAUAGAACAAAAACGUUAACCAUUAUCUUCACUAUUUUAUUCAAGUGGUUAAGAAUGGAAGUUUUUAGUUUGGUAGAUUUAGCUACCAAAAGUGAGAGUACAGAAAUUGAGAGAAUUCAAGUAUCGAGAAUGAGUAAGUUUAGAGUUUUGGGAAUUGUAAAGUGACUGUUGUAACUUUGGUUGUGAGUUUGUAACUUAGGAACCAUUCGGAUUUGAUCUGUUUUGCAUCACUUUGGGUGGUUAAGGAUUAGGCUGUAGUAAAAGUUGCUAGCUGCAUCUCGGAAGGUGCCUUUAGACUGGUUGAGGCUGCAGAUGGUGACAGCAGAGCAGCUUUUCCUGUGUCUGGCCCCUUUCAGUUGUUGGGAUGCCAGUUCAUAUGCUUUGGACAUUACUAAGAAUUAGUAAGACUAUAAAAUAUGACUCAAUUUUUAAAAUUCAGGUCAUGAGUGUAAAAUUCUCAAAUUUAUGUAAAAAGUAGAAGUAUGUACAAUUUGAUAUUAAAAGAAAGGAAACCGUAGCAGCUUUUGAUGUUUCUUAAUCCCCAUUAGAGGGCUGAAACUUUGUACCUGAAGAACCCAUUUAGCACUCAGUGCUUUCUGAUGCCUUAGAAAUAGGAAAAGUAAUUUUUGUUUGACACAAGGUAGGAAAGAGAAAGUCCAUUCUAUGGCUAAUUAGAUCUGCCUCUCAGGAAAAAGUACUAACUUGUUCUUUUUGUUCCUGGCUUUCAGUUUGUGAGAUUACUCUAUUUUUUUAAUAUAAUUUUAUUUCUUUCAAUAAAUCUUAAAAUAAAAACUUUUUGGAACAAUGA